AUGAACCUAGUGUUGAGGGACCCGCAUCUUUUGUCGCUUCUCCGCGACGUUCAUCGCAUAUUACCCUGCGUUAUCGCUUGUUGUGUGAGUUUUCGUAAAUAUUCUCGGAGCGCACGGCGCUGCUGCCACCAAUGUCGUUUCUGUCGUGUGAGCUCAAGUAUUUUAGACGUAGCUAGUCUAAUAAGCCGUGUUCUUGCGAGUGGUUAUCGGGAAUUAACAGUGUUUGUGGUACUGGACAAUGAGCGUCAGCUUUAUUCGACUUUUGUGUUGGAUUAUAUCCAAUCGCUGUAUGCGCUGGUGAUCCAGACUUGUUCUCAAUACGGGGCUGACUGUGGAUUGUGUAUUCCUAAUGAUGCGGUGGGAGUAUUGAACCCCAAUACUCACAAUCUAACCGUAUUGCCGGUAUACGACUGGCGUGGUAUGCUGGAUCGCGCAUCGUUGUCCUCUGUAUUUUCAUAUCAGGGACAGCUGCGGUUCAUUUCAGUUAAAGGAGCUCCCUAUAUGUGCGACGACUUUUACCAGGAGCUUUCUGAACGUGGAUAUAGUAUAGAUCCACAUCGGAAGUUGGCGUCGUGUCAAUGUUCAAGUGCAGUCCAUCGCAACGGAGACGUGGGAACCCUGUAUCGAUUCUCAUCGUCAGAGUCCGUGACUUCUAACGAUACUUGGGAGGUAAUCUAUGAAGGCUCCACAGUGGACUUAGAUCGUAAGUCCAAUAGUACCUCACCGUGUGGUGAGGUUGACCCUAUCUGUAUAUCAAAUCGCCACGAAACGUUGAAAAAUGACGACAAUGUUUUACUGCUGGUUGACGAUAAAUCAAGUUAUGGCGCCGACUCACAACCCAAAUGUGAUGCCCCUAAAAAUGGAACCAUUUCGGCCGCUUCUAGAGAUCCGCAAGAUCAAUCUGGUCGUAUUGAGAACAACGCUGUGCAUUGUAACUCUGUUACCGACCAUUACAAAGAGCAUCGACGCGUGUCGCCACGUUUUGAGCGUUCUACAUCGAUGCCUACCCGUUCUGCUAUUAAAGGAGACCCUCGUUUGACGUUUGAGCAUUUACAGAAAUCCGCGUCGCUUCGUAAUCCGGAUGAUUGUACGAUAAUAAGCCAACUUAAAGAAAUGGAUUGUUUGGCGUUGUACGACCCUAGUAAAGAAGGUGCGACUCCUGAGAUUAUGUCAUUUGACAAUGUCAUGUGUUGUGGAACAUUUGACUGCCUUCAUUUUGGUCACAAGUAUCUCCUGCUUUCUGCUUUCUUAAGUUGUCGUCGAUCUAUUCACAUUGGUAUCACUGCACCUGACGCUAUGCUGCGAUCUAAGAGCGACUAUUGUAUGAUUCAGAGUCUGGAGAAGCGUCGUGAAGUUGUUGAACGCUACGUAAGCAUACUGCAGCUUUUAUACGGUCGGUCUAACAUGGACUUUCCGUGUCCUACGAAUAUUUCGAAGGGUACUUUGGUGAUGAAUUACCACAAUUGCGACUUUUUUUCCUAUAACACCGUGCCUAUGACACUUCGAGAAUGUAGCGAAUUGUCUUGCCAUGAAUUUACUUCUGAACUGCUACCCACGGAACCUUCAAGGGUCAGUGAUCGUUUGUACCCUUAUGUCACCAUUUUCGACCUUAUGGACAUGUAUGGCCCUGCAGGCAUGCUUAAAGAAUCGUUUGCACUUGUGAUAUCUCCGGAAUCGUUACCUGGUGCAGAGAAAGUAAACAACCUUCGGCGUUCCAAGGGCUUGACAGUAUGGCCGCUUUUAUCUGCGGCAUUCGUGUUGCAUCCGGAACUAGAUCAUCGUCGAAAGAAUGUGAACAAAGUGGCAUCUUCUUGGAUACGCAGAAGUUUGAAGUCUAUUAAGUGA